AUGGACACACACUCUCUGCAGUUCUUGUACACUGCUGUCACACCAGGAAUAAAUGUCACUGCUGUUGGUCUGCUGAAUGGAGAACAGUUUGUGUACUAUGACAGUAACAUCAGGAAGAUGAUCCCAAAGACAGAGUGGCUACAGAAGAUCAGUACUGAUGAUAAAAAUGACUGGAACAGAGAAACCGAGCGUGUUAAGGAUCAUCAGUAUCAACUCCAAGACAUUGUGACUACAGUAACGAAAAGGUUGAAUCAAGCUGAAGGUGAUCAUACACUCCAGUGGAUGUUUGGCUGUGGGCUUGAUAACGGCACCAUUAGAGGAUACAGUCAGUACCGUUAUGAUGGAGAAGAUUUCAUGAGUCUGGAUCUGAACUGGAACCAGGAACAUGGAACAUGGAUUGCAGCUAAUGAGAAAGCUGAGCUCUUUAUAAAGGAGUGGAAUUAUAAAGAACAUGCUAUAUACUGGAUGAACUACCUGAAAACUGAAUGUAUUGAUCGGUUAAAGAAGUUUGUGCCUCACGGCAGAGAGACUCUAGAGAGUAAAGUUCAUCCUAAGAUGCCAGUGUGCCAGAAACGCUCGCCUUUUCCAGAGCUGGUGUGUGACGCUACAGGUGUCUUCCCCAAACCAGUGAUGAUCUCAUGGAGGAAGGACGGAGAAGACGAAGUGGUGAAUGAGGACGUGGAGCUCAGAAUGUCUUUUAUAAACCAGGAUGGAAGCUUCCAGAGAAGCAUUAUGAAAGUCUCAGCUGAGGACCUGCAGAAACACGACUACACCUGUGUGAUUCGGCACAGCAGCUUCGGGAAGGAGUUAAUGCCGAAUAGAUGUAGGAUCAUGUAUAGGAUCAGGUGGAGAACCAGAUGGAGGGAAUGUUGGUAUCAUUGUUCCUGCGGUCAUCAUUCUCCUUGUUCUCGUUGCUAUUGUUGGAAUGUUCAUCUGGAAGAAGAAAAAAUUCUGGUGCAGAAAAUCCCCGUGAAGUUCAACGGAACGGAACUGAGAUACAUCCCUUAAACACUCCACACAGUGGCGUUCCAGUCUAAACCAAAAAGGGAGCCUCCACACUGAAGAAUGUUUUCCUUUCCAGGUAGAUGAGACCACCUUGACUCGCCGUUACUGCCGCACAUAGUUGAAUAAACGGCCACAGUGCGGCAUCUUCGUGUUAACAGGUCAUUUCAUGUGUUUUCUCUGAUCCGAUAGCUGAAGAUCCUUUCACAUUUUAUGACAAAUUUAUUCAGAAAACCAUGAAAUUCCAAAAGGUUCACAUAAUAUUUCUUGCCACUGUGUGUGUGUGUAUAUAUGUAUAUGUGUAUGUAUGUGUGUGUAUAU